AUGUCGACUCAAGAGCCGGAAUCAAAUUCAGAAGAUCAGCCGCCAUUAUCCACGAGUUCUAGUGUGAACACAUUGACCAAUGUGAAUGUAAGUCAACACAACACACCCAGCCCGGCUUUAACGACCAGUGUAACAUCGGCCGAGGAGGACAAGGGCAGUGAUUCAGAUGGAGAUGCGGCUGAAGAGGUGCGUGAAUUUGGGAUAUUGUUGUUUUAAAGGUUUAGAUGUUGUUUUAGAUGGUAUUUUGAGGUUUUAAAAUAGUUAUCAAUCUUGUUUUAGGUUUUAAAAUCUAAUUUUUGAGUUUUAAAAUGAAAAAUGAGUUUACAGUUGUAAGACCUUUAAGUUAUGGAUUGAAAAUUUUUUUUUAAUUUUUAUGGAUUAGGUAUUGAAUGCUUUAGCUUUUCUAUAAAUAUCUGUUCAGUAAUAACCGUAUUUUGCAAUUCCAGAUAUUGGAAGAGAGUCCGGACAAAAGGUGGUCGAAACGAAGAGAAAAAGUGAAACAACGAGAUGUACCAGGCAUCGAUGCAGCGUUCUUGGCCAUGGAUAACGAAACGGGUAACGAGGUGGUCUGGAAUGAGGUCCAGUUCUCGGAACGGAAGAAUUUCAGAGAACAAGAAGUGAGUUGUACCUUGUUGUAGAUUAUUCUGCUUUUAGGAAAAGCUGAGGUCAGUGUUUGAUAAUCUGACACAAUUGGUACACAUCAAUCUGGUCAAGUUUCACAAGUAUUGGACGGAUUCAAAGUCGGAGAAGCCUAGGGUAGGUUGAUAUUGUUGUAUCUUCUUCAAGAAUGUUAUGUUAAAGCACUAUAUUUUAUGGAAUUUUUAAGUUUAAAGUUUUACAUGCUUUAUUUCUUUUGUCAUCUUAUACAACAUUAUAAAAGACAUUCAUUUCAAAGUCUUGAAUAUAAUUUAUAGAGCUAACUGUAUCAUAACAUCACUUUUAGAUGAUAUUCAUAACAGAAUAUAUGUCGUCGGGCUCGAUGUCACGGUUUCUUCAACGUGCACGGUCUUCGGGCACAUUGUUGAACAUCAAAGCUUGGAAGAAGUGGACUACGCAGAUAUUGUCAGCGCUCAAUUAUUUACAUUCGUGUGAACCUCCAAUAGUUCAUGCCAAUCUGACAUGUAACACUGUCUUUAUCCAACAGAAUGGGUUGAUUAAGAUUGGGUGUGGUAAGUUGGUUUUAAAACUUAAAUUAAAAUUAAAAAGUUGUUUUAAUUUGUAAAAUACGUUUUUUAAAUAUGUUUUUUGGUUAUUUUUAAGUUUUGGGUUUUCUAAAAUACGAUUAUUGUUGUUUUAGUGGCUCCAAACGCGAUUCAUCAUCAUGUAAAGACAUUCCGGGAGAAUCUGAAGAAUAUGCAUUAUGUUGCUCCGGAAUUCGAUCGUAAGUUAGUUUAUAUUCUUUGUUUUUUACCGCUUUAGGUUGUUAAUUUCUUCUCAUUGUUCAUUUCAUGUUUCAGAAUUGUCCGAAGCCACGACUGAGACUGAUAUCUAUUCGUUUGGUAUAUGCGCGUUGGAGGUAUGUGUUAAUUGUAGUUUUUUGUUGAAGUUUAGGAUACUAAUCUUCAAAACAUAAAUAUUAUGUCCAAAGGGUAUCAUAAGGAACCGUUUUGUUAUUACUAUAAAUUUUUGAACUUAUUAGUACUAUACUAUUGAGGAUAUGGUGUUUGUGAUACCUUUUUUUUUGAUUUUUUAUUACUCUUAUUUUUUAGAUGGCUACGACUGGUGGUUUAUGCUGUAAUGGUGGAUCUACGGAAAGUACGAGUCAAGUAACCCCAGCUAUGAUUAGAAAAGCGAUCGACAGUUUAGAAGAUGGGAAGCAACGUGUAAGUACUCAAUGUUAUUUACUUUUGUAUUUUGUAAGAGUAUUUUUUGUAAUCGUUAUCUUUACUUUCUUUAUAAUAUAGUUACGUACACAGUAACUUUAAUUUAGUAGUAAAAUGGUUAUGAUUGUCUUAUCUUACAGGACUUUAUCGAGAGUUGUCUGAACCCGAAUCCAAAGAAACGACCGACGGCGCGAGAACUUUUGUUCCACCAAGCUCUGUUCGAAGUUCAUUCACUCAAGUUACUGGCAGCUCACGCAAUUGUAAAUUCCAAACUGAUUGAUCAUCUAACGGAAGAAGACCUCAGGGUACAGGAUUCCACCAAGAUUGUUGCAACUUCCAAACAUAAAAAUGUCGCAUAUUGUGAACUUUCAACUUUUCAAGUAAGUUACAGUAGGCAAUUGGGUUUAUUGGCUCUUUUUAAUUUUUUAUAGCGAUAAAUAGUAACGUGUUUUUGUUUUUAUUAGGUUUUGUUACUAUGUAUUGUAUUGCUUGUUUUUUGUAUUGCAUUAUUUUAAAUGAUCCACUUUUAAAAUGACAUUGUUUCAGAUAGACUUGGACAAGUUUCUAGAAGACGUUCGAAAUGGCAUCUAUCCCUUAAUCGCUUUUGCUCCUUUGGCACAUCUUCCAACCAAAAUGAAGCUGAAUGCCGAGUCUGCCAUUACGGGAUUCACUCACGAUGCGCCACGUCGAAGCGAACAGAAGUCGGUGACAUAUUCAAAUAAGGAUCCAGAGAAUCAACGAAACACAACACAGAAGACGGAAGUGAAAGAUAACAAGGAAAACAACCAGCAGAACAACGUGAAACAUACCACAACAUCGAAUGGAAACACUUCAGUCAACGUACCGGGUAAAGACGAAGGCUACGACACUGUGCAGAGUGGAAUCACGCCUUCAGGCAAUCAGUCGGGUGGCGACAACAAAGAGCAAGGCAAAUACGCCGAGAGUCGACAGAUCGUCGAGAUUUCAGCCAAUAUCGAUGGGAAUAUGCUCAAAGCCACCCUCAAGCUGGACGACAUGAUGAUACGAGAGCUGAGGACGCCUGUGGGAAACGAGGACAAUGCCGAGAUGUUGGCUAAUGAUCUGGUUCAUCUGGGCUUCAUAUGCACGGUAAGGGGUUUAUAUUGUAGUUGGUUAUUUAGAUUUUGCAUAUAUGACGUAUUAUGAUAGAGAUUUAAAUUUUUCUAAUCUACUAUAUUUAUGCUUUGAGACAUUUUUCAUUUAGUUUAACUUACUAGUCAUUAUCAAUAUCAUUUAAGGCCGACUGUGAAAAAGUGUGCCAAGUCCUCCAGUCCACCCUAGACGAAUAUCGGCGCCAGAAAGAGGACGAUAGUGGUAAAAGCUCACGGAAGUCGUCGCGACAACACGACCCGAACACGGUUGUCGCCGCAGUCCAGCCUCCGGCCGCUGAUCCCACCAAAACGUUAACUAGGCCUUCUUAA